GUAAGUUAGGAUGGGCUUGCAGGGAACGUUUGUCUGAGAAUCUGUAAAAGAGAAAGUGAAAGAUGACUCAAAGACAAGGGACUUUGAAUCCUUUUAUAUGUGAUGAUGAUGGUAUAAGAAAAGGGUUAUUCACUGGUAGAGGAGAGAAGAGAUAGAGGAGUGAAGGAAAAAGAAAAGAAUGGCACCAGUAGGAUUACCUCCUGGGUUUAGGUUUCAUCCCACCGACGAAGAGCUUGUGAAUUAUUAUCUCAAGAGGAAAGUCCAUGGCCUCAAGAUUGAGCUUGAUAUAAUCCCUGAAAUUGAUCUUUACAAAUGCGAGCCUUGGGAGUUAGCAGAUAAGUCAUUCUUGCCAAGUAGAGAUCCAGAAUGGUAUUUUUUUGGACCCCGGGAUAGAAAAUAUCCAAAUGGAUUCAGGACUAACCGAGCAACUCGAGCUGGUUACUGGAAAUCGACGGGGAAGGAUCGGAGGGUUACUUACCAAAAUCGAGCUAUUGGAAUGAAGAAGACAUUAGUUUAUUACAGAGGCCGAGCUCCUCAAGGGAUCAGAACAGGUUGGGUGAUGCAUGAAUAUCGCCUUGAUGACAAAGAAUGCGAAGACACCAUCGGAAUUCAGGUCGAUACUUAUGCAUUGUGUCGCGUUUUCAAGAAGAAUGGUAUAUGUGGUGAAAUUGAAGAACAAGGGCCAAGCGGAUCAUCACUGGCUGAGAGUUCUCAAGGGAUAAUCAAUGAUUAUGAAACUAUGUCACCAGAUGUGCCAAUCGGAUCAUCAUCAUGUGUUGAAGAUGAUGUGCCAAUUGGAUCAUCAUCAUGUGUUGAAGAUGAAGAUAAAGAUGAUGCAUCAUGGAUGCAGUUCAUCACUGAAGAUGCAUGGUAUUCUAAUUACUCCAAUGUAGGUAGUGAAGAUGCAUCAUAUGUUGGAUUCUCAAAUAAUUAAUGUGAGUGUAUUGGCUAAUGGGUGGCGAUCGAAUAACAUAAUUGGAUAUAAUUUUGUUGUAAUAACAUAUAAACUGUAAAUUUUCUUAUUGUCUAAUUGUAUGGAUUUACUCAGUAAGGGUUGUGACUGGCAAUUUUAUGGCAAGUAAAUCUAUAUGGGUUCUAAGGGUUUGGAUUUUUCUCUUUAUGUGAGGUUGUUUGGGUGUAAUGUGGAAUAAUGACACUGUAAGAAAUUCUAAUUCUAUUUAUAUACCAAUAUCUAAUUAUAAACA